ACCGUUUUAAAAUUCAGUUUUUUUGGUCAUUCUAUUUUUGAUGAUUUUUAAAAAACAAGUACAAACUUUUUGGUCGUUUGGGCCAAACAUGGAGGAGCAACUCGAACUGAACCCUAACUCGGUGAGCGAACUCAGUGAGUCCUUGUUGCCUCCUCUCGAUGACGACGAUACACCGGUUCUGAGUUCCUAUGCUCUCGCCGCUCUCCAAGAAUUCCUCUCUGAGGAGCAGAGUCAUUCCGAUGCCGGGGACUCUGAGGUUUCUCUUGUAUCUGAAGAUUGGAGGCUGAGUCAGUUCUGGUACGAUGCAGAAACUGCAAAGACGGUUGCUGAAGAGGUUCUCACUCUUUCCAAUGGCGUUGAUUCUCGUGUUGCCUGUAUCGCUUGCCCUACCCUCUAUGCUUAUCUUAAGAAAAUGGAUCCAAAUGUUUCUGUGCAACUUCUUGAGUACGACAAACGUUUUGAGCAAUAUGGAAGUGAUUACACAUUCUAUGACUACAAUCACCCCGAGGACUUACCAUCAGAAUUGAAGCAUUCCUACAAAGUUAUUAUUGCUGAUCCUCCUUACUUGAGCAAAGAGUGCUUGGAGAAAAUUGCUGAAACAAUUUCUUUUCUCAGACAACCUGGAGAGUCAUUUUUGCUUCUACUCACAGGUGAAGUGCAGAAAGAAAGGGCAGCUGAGAUCUUAGGGCUGCAUCCUUGUGGUUUUAAGCCUCAUCACUCGAGUAAACUCGGAAAUGAAUUUCGGGUGUUUACUAACUAUGACCCUGGAACAAGACUGGGAGGUUGGGAAAAAUAGGUGACUUUCCUCUGCUUGCUUUGAGAGUCUAAAUCGACCAGGUUGGACGCAUUCAACCCAUCUUCAGUUCUUAGGGUUAACACAGGACGGUUCAGAUUUCAAAUUUGGUAUGUUGUAUUUUAAAACAUUAAAAAAGCAUUAAAAUAUGCGUAUGUGUAAUGUGGCAAACUUUUAACAUCAAAGAAGCCACCAUUAAUCA